CACUAAAAUGUAAAAAAAAUGUGAUCUACCUCCCCUCCUCAUUUUGUAUCCAAAUACAAAAAUUUCAUACCCCAUUAUUUUUCAUCCAUUAUUUUGUAGAUCCAAAUUCCAAAUACAGUAAUAUAUUUUCUUCCUUGUCAUAUGCAUGUAAUCUAUAAAUACCACACUCCUUAACACCAUUUUUCCAUGCUCUAAAACAUCUCUACUAAUACAAUAAUCAAUUAGUAGACAAUAAAAUGGCAACAUCCUUCUCAAAAAUCCUAGCCUUUUCCGUCGCCCUCAACCUCCUGUUUUUCUCUCUUGUCUCCGCUUGCGGAGGAUGCGGAGGCAGCACUCCAUACACCAAGCCCAAACCCCACCCAAAACCAAGCCCCACACCCGGAACCGGAACUAGCGGCGGUGUUGGAAUCCCAAUCAUUGGCGGAGGCACCCCAAUCAUUGGUGGAGUCACCCCAAUCAUCGGCGGCGUAACCCCCAUUGUCGGCGGAGCUGUCCCAGCCGUCGGCGGAGGCAUUCCAGUCGUCGGAGGCGGUAUCCCCGUGGUGGGUGGAGGUAGCCCAUCAAGUGGAGGAUCAUCAUCAUCAUCAGGACAUUGUCCAAUUGAUACCCUUAAAUUAGGAGUAUGUGCAAAUGUACUAAAUGGUUUAGUACAUGCCACAAUUGGUAAACCACCAGUAACUCCAUGCUGCCCACUAAUCCAAGGUCUAAUAGAUGCUGAGGCUGCUGUAUGUCUUUGUACAGCCAUUAAAGCAAACAUAUUGGGUAUAAACUUGAACAUUCCAGUGUCUCUUAGCUUGCUCGUUAAUUACUGUGGUUGCGAGCUUCCUCGUGGUUUUCAGUGCCCUUAAAUUUGAUUUUUAUGGCGCACCGACAUUUUUAUUCUUUUGAUUAUUCUUAAGUCCAUGAUUUUUAAUUUUGGGUUUGGUCAAGUUAUUUUGGAUAAGUACUCUUUUCUUGGUAUUGAGGCUUAUUAAAUGAAUGAUUUUAUUUGUAAUGUGAGGUAAAUUGACUUAAUUUACCUUCCUAGUCUAUUCAUUAUGUUCAAUUGAAUUGAUUUAUUCGAGUUUAUUGUUUGAAA